CCUACGGACUGACCUCACUGACCAUCAUUCUUCUUACUUGACCUACACAACUGACUCGACCCAACAACAUCCACGCUCACCCUUUUCCCAUCCUUCAUUCUCUCUUUCUCAUUUCGAUAAGAGAGAAAAGGAUUAUCAACAUUCAUCAUCGAAGGGAGUCAUUGAGGAUUUAUUCAACCUGGAGUGUCAAGUCCGACCGAUCGCCGUUGGUGCCCUUCACCCCCCUACUACACACCACCAUGGCCGACAGCAUACACCACUCACAACGGGCGCAAGGCUCGAACAACUUUGAUGCCUCCGAGCUCACCAACGCUUUCGAGCAACUGAUGCGUAAUAAGAGAUUCCAUCGUCUCCAGGAACACUCGAGGGCUCGAACUCAUUCUCCAUCGCCGUCUCCGUCUCAGGUGUCUUCGCCUGGGCCUUACGCACCACCUCAUCCCUCGCGAGCACCACCACCACCUCCGCCAACCGCAACACCUUUUCAGCCACCCCAAUACCCACCACAACCGCAACAAUACCCAUCAACUCAAUCUCCAAUGCUGCAAGGGCUACCAAUUGUUCCAUCACCGCCGCAGGAUCAAGCGUCGUUGAAAUUCCGCAAUCUCCUCCACGUCCUGUCUGUAACACCGACCAAAUAUGAGAAUCCCGGUCUUCUCGAUGAAGCCCUCUCCCUUAUCCCACUCGAUCGGUUAUAUUCAGAGGCAGAGGAGGAGAGUCAGAUCUUGCAGGCACAGGCGGCUAGCGUUGGUGGCAGGCCCGAAUGGGGAUACCAAGAUUGUGUUAUCCGGUCUCUCUUGAGAUGGUUCAAAGGGUCGUUCUUCCAAUUCGUCAACAACCCCCCUUGCUCACGGUGCUUUCGGCCUACAAUUGCCCAGGGCAAUACACCACCUUUACCCGAUGAGACCGCCCGCGGUGCAACACGAGUAGAACUUUACCGAUGCUCUGAAAUGUCUUGCGGCGCCCACGAGAGAUUCCCUCGCUACUCUGAUGUUUGGCAACUACUACAAAGCCGCCGGGGCCGUGUAGGGGAAUGGGCCAAUUGUUUCAGCAUGUUCUGCAGAGCCCUUGGUGGCCGUGUACGAUGGGUAUGGAAUUCAGAGGACUACGUCUGGACUGAAGUAUACUCUGAACAUCAGAGGCGCUGGGUGCAUGUAGAUGCCUGUGAGGGGGCAUGGGAUCAGCCCCGUCUCUACGCUGAAGGUUCGUGUUCCACAAUCGAUUGCUCGGCUUUCAAACUAACGGUUGUUCCAGGCUGGGGCCGAAAGAUGUCCUAUUGCAUUGCAUUCUCAAUUGAUGGCGCCACCGAUGUCACCCGCCGAUAUGUACGAAGCCCGGCGAAGCAUGGAGCAUCACGGAACCGCGCUCCUGAAGAGGUCGUGCAUUGGGUGAUUCUGGAAAUCCGAAGGAAGCGUCGGGAGAACCUCUCCAAGACCGACCAAAAGCGUCUGAUGAAGGAGGAUGAGCGCGAGGAAAAAGAACUUCGCCAUUACACAGCUUCUGCCCUUGCUGCAGAGUUGAACAACCUUCUCCCGCAGAACCAAACAACCGGCAGAUUGGACGAGCAAAAGACUCCUGUCUCGCGGCAGGAGGCAGCUGCAGAGUGGCUUGCUGCUAGACAAAGAAACUCUGGCCAUUCUGGUCCUGAUCACUCUCAGGGUGGACGGUAGCACUGCAUCUAUUUCAGAGGGUCUACAACCAACUCAUCGUCUUGCGAACCGUCGCCCAGGCUCAAUCCACUGACGGCCGAUUGACAACCAACACGAGAUCUCCGACCGAUAAGACACAACGUGAUCAAUGUGCUUCGAUGCUUGACUUUCGAUAAAUGCACGAUACACGAUGGAUUCAGCU